UCGAACAAACUCAAAAGAAGACUAGAAAUCCAACUAGGGAAAUUAGGAAAAGGGAAAAAGGAAAAAGAUAUGGAUAGGGGGAUGAGGCAAUCCGCGGAAACGCCUAAUCCACCGAUCGUCACAUAACGUUAGCCUUUCAGAAACCGAAACUGAGGCGUGAGUGAAUAAUGUUGAUAACAGUCAGAGAAGCUGCUGCAGCUUCUUCUUCGCCCCUUUCCUUCAACCUCUCCACUCAAUUUCUUACCAAUUCUAAGCGCUUUCCAAGACCUAGAAUUUCACUCAACCGAGCUUCUUUCUCUGUUCCAGGCAAGCCCAGUGCCAGCAAAUCCUUGAACCUUGGCCUCAUUUCCAACAGUUUUGAGAGCUCAGUUUUUGAUCCCUUGGGCAUCCGUCCAGAUCUUUCUUCCGAAUUAAGUAAUACGUGGGAAAAUUUUCUUGGCUAUUUUGGUCAAACAUUUGAUAGUGCUUCAAGCACAAAAAAAGAUAAAUCUCCCUCAGCUCGUGGAUUGGCAGCUGCAAUCGAGGACAGUUCCAUUGACAUAGGGGAUUUCUUCAAAGGUCCAUUGCCUGGAAAAUUUCUACAGCUCUUGGGCUAUUUAGCACUAUCAAGGCUUGGAAUCUAUAUCCCUCUCGGUGGAGUGAACCGAGAGGCCUUUGUUGGGAACUUGGAUCAGAACAGCUUAUUGAGUACUUUAGAUUCAUUUUCUGGAGGAGGCAUUGGUAGGCUGGGGAUAUGCUCCCUUGGCAUUGUUCCCUUCAUCAAUGCACAAAUUGUCUUCCAGCUUCUUGCUCAAAUUUAUCCAAAAUUACAAGAUCUUCAGAAAAGAGAAGGCGAAGCAGGGCGAAAGAAAAUUCUGCAAUAUACUCGAUAUGCCUCAGUUGGAUUUGCAAUCGUACAAGCAAUUGGCCAAGUUCUCUACCUUCGCCCCUAUGUUAAUGAUUUUAGUACAGAAUGGGUGCUUUCUUCUGUUACUUUAUUAACACUUGGCUCAGUCAUAACAACGUACAUUGGGGAACGGAUCACAGACCUAAAGCUAGGAAAUGGGACAUCUCUUUUAAUAUUCACCAGCAUCAUCUCCUAUUUACCCGCAUCCUUUGGAAGGACUGCUGCACAGGCGUUCCAGGAUGGUAACUAUGUUGGAUUAGUUGCUAUCAUAAUCUCCUUCUUUCUAUUGGUACUUGGAAUUGUAUAUGUUCAGGAAGCAGAAAGGAAAAUCCCCCUCAACUAUGCCUCAAGAUACACAAGCAGAGGUGGAGGACUUCAGAAAUCCGCUUACCUGCCCUUCAAGGUAAAUAGUUCUGGUGUAAUGCCAAUCAUUUUCUCAACAUCAACACUAGCCCUUCCGGGUACUCUAGCUCGCUUCACGGGGUUAUCGGUCCUGAAGAAGGCUGCACUUGCUUUAAAUCCAGGAGGUUCGUUCUAUCUGCCAACCAACAUCCUUUUGAUAGCCUUCUUCAACUACUACUACACAUUCCUACAGUUGGAUCCCGAUGAUGUGAGUGAACAAUUGAAGCGGCAGGGUGCUUCUAUUCCCCUCGUCCGUCCAGGCAAAAGUACAGCUUCAUUUCUGAAAGCGGUCCUAAGUCGGAUUUCAGUACUUGGUUCUGCCUUCUUGGCAAUCCUUGCUGCCGGUCCUGCAGUGAUUGAGCAAACAACACAUUUGACAGCAUUUCGAGGAUUUGCAGGAACCUCUGUUCUUAUUCUUGUUGGCUGUGCUACAGACACAGCCAGAAAAGUACAGGCUGAGAUAAUCUCCCAGAAGUACAAGAAUAUAGAGUUCUAUGACAUCGACAGGUAUAAUCCUUGAAAGCGAGAAUGUAAUGGAACAAAACUGGUGCAAAACCUUUAUAUUUGUAUUUCAUUGCAUCAUACUCAAUUAAUAGAACACUGGUUCUCUUUGCUUUCACCCAUCGUUCCAAUCAGAAUGCAAGAAAUGGUUGGAUUUGACAUAA